AAGCUUGGAACCAGGUAGACCAGCUGUGUCUGUCGGCGAAUAACCAAGCACACCCAUAAGCACCCUCUUCUCUCUCUCUCUUCAAAGUCUUCAAUUCAAUUUGUGACAUAGUUAGAAAGAGUGCGUGUGAGUGUGUCUUCAAACUCUUCAAUUCAGUUGUGACGUUAGUUAGAGAGAGAGAGAGAGAGUGUAUGUGUUUGUGUUGUACUUUGUUUUUCUUCCUUCAACUUGGGAACAAAGGUUGAGACUUUCAAUCUUCUUCUUUGCAAAUUCUGUGAAAAGCCAUCAUGGUUAUGCUAUUAUUGCCCAGUGUUGUUGUCAUGGGACUAAUGAGGGUCAAUGGAAUGAAGCUAUAGCAGAGUGGAGAGAAGGAUAAGAAGAAACCCACAUGGUGUUUGGGUUGCAUAUGAUUCUAAUCUAUUGAGGAAACAAUGUAGAACAAGGUUAUUGCAACAUUGGACGAAAAAGAACUAUGGCUUGAACUAUGGUUUCAUUUUGAGACUUGGGAAGUGGGAAAAUGGUGUGAGCUAGUUAUUGGUUUUUGUUGGUUUUCUUGUUUUUGUUUGUUUUGUUUUGGGGGUUGAGGAAUUGAGUGUUGGUGGAUCGAGAGCAAUGGAGUCUCGGAUGGAUCAGUAUGAGAUCAUGGAGCAGAUCGGUCGAGGAGCAUUUGGAGCGGCUAUUCUUGUUCACCACAAGGCUGAGAAGAAGAAAUAUGUGUUGAAAAAAAUAAGGCUUGCAAGACAGACUGAACGGUGCAGAAGAUCUGCUCAUCAAGAAAUGGCUCUUAUUGCUCGAAUCCAGCACCCUUACAUUGUGGAAUUCAAGGAGGCAUGGGUUGAGAAGGGUUGCUAUGUCUGCAUUGUCACCGGAUACUGUGAAGGUGGAGACAUGGCUGAAUUGAUGAAAAAAUUAAAUGGUGCUUACUUUCCUGAGGAGAAACUCUGCAAAUGGUUCACUCAAUUACUGUUGGCAGUAGAGUACCUGCAUUCGAAUUUUGUUUUACAUCGUGACCUAAAGUGUUCCAACAUCUUUCUUACCAAAGAUCGAGAUGUUCGCCUAGGGGAUUUCGGGCUUGCUAAGACACUAAAAGCAGAUGAUUUGGCAUCUUCGGUGGUAGGAACUCCUAAUUACAUGUGCCCUGAACUGCUUGCUGAUAUUCCAUAUGGAUUCAAAUCUGAUAUUUGGUCACUAGGGUGCUGUAUAUACGAGAUGGCUGCUCAUCGCCCUGCUUUUAAAGCUUUUGAUAUGGCAGGACUGAUAAGCAAGAUAAAUCGUUCAUCCAUUGGCCCUUUGCCUCCAUGUUAUUCCCCUUCCUUGAAAACACUGAUAAAGGGCAUGCUAAGAAAAAAUCCUGAGCAUCGGCCAACAGCAUCUGAGGUGUUAAAGCACCCUUAUUUGCAGCCUUACUUGGAUCAAUAUCGUCCAUCUUUCAGUCCUCCAACCUCCUGUUCUCCUGAAAAACCAAUUUCUGCUGUCAAUAAUCAUCCAAAAAAUAUGGCUGAAAGUCAAAACAGUAAUAGUUCAAGUAGUGACAAAGAUAGUUUGAUGUCAAAUGAGAAAAAAAUUGCACCAGCAGGACCGAAGUGUUAUAACAAAGCCAUUGAGACGGAUCAAAUAUCAAUUGAUGAUGAUGGCUCAGAGGAUGAAAGUGGCUCUAGUAAUGCUAAUGCCAAAACAGCUGAGCAAGAGGUGAUGAAACCAUCUAAUAAUGAACACCAUUCUAAUGUUGAAUCUAAGCAGCCAAAAACAAUUAGAAAUAUAAUGAUGGCAUUGAAGGAAGGAAAAGUUAGAGAAGCAACUUCUCCAAUGAGAGGCAACCGCAUAAAGCCUGGAGGCAUAUCAACGCAAAAAAUAAACACAGAGACAUUGUCUAAAUUGCCUAAGCCUACUUUUAUUGCUCCUAGUAUGAAGCCUAAUUUAGAAUCACCUGCUGCACUUGCAAGGGCAAGUCCUGACCCUGCAAAAAGAAUGAUGGGUUCACAUUAUCCAAAGCAUCAGAUUCUGAUGACAGAAGCCUCACCAAAAGUUAAAGCUAGACAUGAUUUGACUCCACCAUCUGCACUUGCCAAACAAGUAGAAGGAGAUGGAUUUUCUCCCAAGCCAAGGCAAAGGACUCCUCCAAGCUCACUUAGAAGACCUUCAUUUUCUGGAAGAAUGAGGCUGGCUGGAAUUGAUGUUCCAAAUGCAGCAAAUGAUACUGGGAAGCUAGGCUCAAAUAAAAUAAUCCAGGAACCUGAGAUGAGCCCUUGUCAAUUGGCCAAUGGCAAUGUACCACAUAUUUCAAGACAAGUUACUAGAGAGCCUCAGAAGGCUUUUGAAAGAAGUUCCAAAGGAAUGCAAACAGACAGCAGCAAUUCUGCCUCAUCUUCAGUUUCUAUCAAAGGAUGUGAACUUGCUGAUGAUGCAAAAACUUUCAUUGACAUGAGAGAGCAGAUGCUUCCUAAUCAUGAGAAAGUAAACCACAUUGUAGGUGUUGAAACAUGUCCUGAUAGGAGCCCACCUACAACUUGUGCACAUUGUAAGAUGGCUGAAAAAGUGCCUAAAGAAACCUGUGAGGUUACCAUGAAUUUUCAGAAUACCAUAAGUAGUAAUGAGAAAUUGAGUUCCAGUUUAACUCAAGAUCACCGUGUUGAGGAUUCCAAGGUAACACUUGCUUCAGAAUGUGAUCUUGUCAUAAACCAGACAACUAUAUCUACUACCACUAGCUGUGAUAAGAGAUCUGUAGACCCCUCUGCUGGAGCCACCAAAGAAAUCAAAGAAUUUCAAGAUAUAACCAAGGAAAUUCUUUUAACCAAGUCUCCUAAAGAAAUCAAAGAUUUUCAAUAUAUUUCCAAGGAAAUGCCUAUGAUCAAGUCUCCCAAACAAGCACCUCCAAGUUCUGGAGAAAAGUCUGUUCAUGUAGAAGUUAGUCCAGUAAGUGAACCAGAUAUAGUUAGCCAGCCAGCACUUGGAUGUAAGUCCCCAGGUGAUGACAAAUUCACAGUGAGGGAGCGACUGUCACCGGCAGCUGAAACUGUUCCUGUGGUUGCCACUACUAAAUUAUCAAGCCAGAAACCGGCGGCUGAAACUGUUCCUGUGGUUACCACUAACAAAUUAUCAAGCCAGAAAGUUUUGCACGAGAAAGUAACUUUGCUGCAGAAUCCAGCACAAGAAAGGCACGAUACUGGCCAUCUUCCUCCAGCCUUUGAUGAUGUUAUCCAUGUCAUACGCCACAGUAGUUACCGUGUUGGAAGCGAGCAACCAGUUAAGGAAUCUGUGGAGAUGGGAGUUCAAAAUGUAGAUGUUGGUAAGUUCAUCAAUGUUGUGAGGGAUGAUUUGGAAAUGAGGAACAUAACCUCUCCUUUGACCACCCACAAAUCUUCAACUUGCUCUGAUGCUGCAAGCUUGAAAUCAGACAUUUCUGAUCAGCUGCAAAUGAAGAACUUGAACACUCCUCCAAUCCUUAAAUCUUCAAGUUUCUCUGAUGCUUCGAGCAUGAAAUCAAGCAUUUCUGAUCAUCCUGGUCUUAAGGAGCAAGAUGUGAGUAACCCUUCUCCUAUAGUUUCAGAACCUGAUUCUGCAGAGCUCAGUAAAUGCAACACUCCCAUGAAUGAAGAGAAACCACCGGCGGCAAAGGAAACAUUGGAUGUGAAAUCUUUCAGGCAGAGAGCAGAGGCACUUGAAGAACUCUUGGAGUUGUCUGCAGAGUUGCUGCAGCAAAAUAGAUUGGAGGAACUUCAAGUUGUUCUGAAGCCCUUUGGGAAAGACAAGGUCUCCCCAAGGGAGACAGCCAUUUGGUUAGCCAAGAGUCUCAAAGGAAUGAUGUCUGAGGAAAGUGGGGGACACUCUUCAUGAUGAGGUAUCUCAAUUCUUAUGUGACAAGUUUCACUUGUAUUUUAUAUAUUUGAAAAUUUGCUCUUAAAUAGUUAUUCAAGUACUACUUGAAUUCAUAAGAGAACAUAAUGGCUUUGUCCCUUCUUUCAUUAUUGUAAUUCUUUCAGUGCUUUUAUGCUGUUGUAAAUAGUGACCAUACAAAAUAAUAACAUCAAAUUACGAUCAAUUGUAUGGACAUUCCGUGCCCCGGCAUAGUUGUUUAA